CUGCGUAGGCGCGCCCGGAAGCGCCGGGGCUGGGAACAUGGCGGCGUCCGCGAGCGGCUUGGGCGGCGCGGCCCCGGGACCGGAUGCCGGGGACUUCCUGGCCAGGUAUCGCCAGGUGUCGAACAAGCUAAAAAAGCGGUUCCUGCGGAAGCCUAACGUGGCGGAGGCCGGCGAGCAGUUCGGACAACUGGGCCGAGAGCUGCGCGCCCAGGAGUGCCUGCCUUAUGCGGCCUGGUGCCAGCUGGCGGUUGCGCGCUGCCAUCAGGCGCUCUUCCACGGGCCCGGGGAAGCUCUGGCCCUCACCGAGGCCGCCCGCCUCUUCUUGCGGCAGGAACGCGACGCGCGCCAGCGCCUCGUCUGCCCCGCCGCCUACAGGGAGCCACUGCAGGCAGCUGCCAGCGCCCUGGGUGCCGCUGUGCGCCUGCACCUUGAGUUGGGCCAGCCGGCCGCCGCCGCCGCCCUCUGCCUGGAGCUGGCCGCCGCCCUGCGCGACCUGGGUCAGCCGGCCGCUGCCGCUGUCCACUUCCAGCGAGCCGCCCACCUGCAGCUGCCCCAGCUGCCCUUGGCUGCGCUGCACGCGCUCGGCGACGCCGCCUCCUGCCAGCUGUUGGCGCGCGACUACAAUGGCGCCUUGGCGCUCUUCACGCGCUUGCAACGCCUGGCGCAGGAGCACGGCAGCCACCCGGUGCAACCGCUGCCGCCGGUCCCGCCGCAGCCACAGCCUCAGGUACAGUCGCAGCCAUUAGGCCUCCAGCAAGGACUCGGCGCAUCCCCAGCCCUGCAGGCCGCGCUGCUCCCUCCGAAUGCGGGCUCUGCAGCCGCGCCCUCUCCCGCAGUACUGGGAGCCUUUUCAGACAUCCUGGUACGCUGCGAGGUGUCCCGCGUGUUACUGUUGCUGCUCCUGCAACCCCCGCCCGCCAAACUCCUCCCAGAGCAUGCCCACACCUUGGAGAAGUACUCCUGGGAGGCUUUCGACAGCCACGGGCAGGAGACCAGUGGCCAGCUUCCAGAGGAGCUCUUUCUGCUGCUCCAGUCCUUGGUCAUGGCUACCCACGAAAAGGACACAGAAGCUAUCAAAUCGCUGCAGGUGGAGAUGUGGCCACUGUUGAGUGCCGAGCAGAACCACCUCCUUCACCUCGUUCUGCAAGAAACCAUCUCCCCCUCAGGACAGGGGAUCUGAUGACUCACAUUAACCAGGUGACUUUUUGCCUGUUACCAGACCUCACGCAUCUGCCUUUGCAUUUGGGGGAAAAUAAAAGACAUUGAUCACAGCAGUUCUACCUUGGUUUAGCUUAUUCCUCUUGCCACCAUAAAGACUUAUUCCCACAGCAGUGGGAGAAAAAGACAAUAUGAUAAGAUCAGAAUAGAACACACGCCUCGCUUCCCAAAAACUGCAAUAUAAAUAUGAGAAUCCUUUUAUCUAUUUCCUCUUCCACUCGUUGCCCUGCCCCAUUUCCCCACCCCUCAAUCUUCGUUUCAUUGUCAGGAUUUCAUUUUGCACAGUUGUCGACAUAUUUAAGCUAUGUGAUUUUUUAAAAUUAUGACUAAUUUCUCGGUGUAUUUCUAUAUCUGGCUAUGUGAUCACCCAUGUCUUUGUUUUAUCUGCCCCAUAUGUAUUCCUGGGAAUCAUUUGAUUCAUACAACCAUUGCUAUAGCCCUAAGGCCAUGAUAAAGCCAUUACAAUACUAAUUUGUGGUUUAGAUGUCCUUAAUCUAUAAAAUGGGUAUAACAUCUACCUGUUAAGAGUCAGAAAGCAGAAACAGUUCUUUUUUAGUUUCGAGAUGUAUUUACUUAUUUGAAAUUGACAGUGUGCCUAGUGUGUGGGCUAUGCCAGACAAGGAAUCUACAGAGAUAAUUUGUGAUGUGGUCCUUAUUGAGACAACACCAGUAUAAAUGUAUCUAGGUUAAGGUCAGGUUGGGGGGUGGAAUGAGGGGGUGUGGGGCCCAACCCAAUUGUGUGAGGUGUGCACUGAAAUUCACAUUUAUGUUCUAUUCUGAGAGGUACCUCUAAUCCACAUGACCAUUUUAAUUGUAGUAGGGAUCUUUCUGCAACUCUUGUUUAUCUCAAAUAUGUAAAAUCAGCAUGG